AUGAAAAUAAUUGCACUAUUUCUAUGUUGUCUUACUGUAAUAGACGCAGGAUUGGACGAUGAGGCCACAAAGAGUAAGUAAUGCUUACAUAAAUAAAUACUGUCAUUGUCAGUAUUUGAUUACAUCAACAAAAACAAAGCGGACAAAAUUCCAGUAGAAAAUGCAGCAAGAAUUAUUGAAAAACUGCUUCCGCAGAGUGAUGUAAAGGCAAGUUUUUCUACACUUUUUUAUAUUAUUUUAGAGCCUGGAUAAGAAUGGAGAUGGGAAAGUCGAGAAAGAAGAGUUCGUUCAUUAUUACCGAAUUCAAUACAACGAAUGGGCCAAAAGGAAUCUCCCUUGA